AUGAAACUUUUCCGCGCUCUCACAGUGGCCGCCCUUGCGGUGCAGGCUGCAGCACUGUCAAUUGGAGGCAAAAACAUGAUAGUAGAGAGGGACAGUGAUGGAUUGCAGGAUCUAGUUACGUACGAUGAGCACUCAUUGCUGGUAUACGGCGAGCGAGUCUAUGUUUUCUCGGGCGAAUUUCACCCCUACCGAUUGCCGGUUCCAGAUCUUUGGCUCGAUGUCUUCCAGAAAAUCAAAGCUUUAGGAUUCAAUGCCGUAUCAUUCUACGUACAUUGGGCCUUGCUAGAGGGCAAGCCAGGAGAAUAUUCAGCAGAAGGGGUUUUUGCUUUUGAACCAUUCUUCGAUGCUGCGAAACAAGCCGGAAUUUACCUCAUUGCUCGUCCAGGUCCUUAUAUCAAUGCCGAAUCAAGUGGCGGUGGAUUUCCUGGAUGGCUUCAACGUAUUUCAGGUCAACUUCGAACUCGUGCGCCAGACUUCCUCGCUGCCACUGAUAACUAUAUGGCAAACAUUGGGGCAGCAAUUGCCAAGGCCCAAAUCACAAACGGGGGACCCGUUAUACUCGUUCAGCCAGAAAACGAGUACACUGGAUCUGACGGACCGGUGACAGGAGGUUUUCCGGACCCAGUAUAUUUUGCGUACGUUAAAAAGCAAAUUCGAGAUGCUGGGAUCGUUGUGCCACUGAUUAGCAAUGACGCUUCACCCAAGGGAAUAUUUGCUCCGGGAUCCGUGUGGCAAGGAUCAACGGAAGGAGAUGUUGAUAUUUAUGGACACGAUUCAUACCCUCUAGGGUUUGAUUGCGCCCAUCCUUACACCUGGCCCGCGGGGUCCAUACCUACGACUUUCCAUACGACCCAUGAGCAAGAAAGUCCAUCAACCUUCUAUUCCCUUGACGAGUUUCAGGGGGGUUCUUUUGACCCGUGGGGCGGUCUUGGAUUUGCACAAUGUUCUGUGCUUUUGAACAUGGAGUUUCAGCGAGUCUUUUAUAAGAACAACUUUGCUUCAGGUGCUACUUUAUUGAAUCUUUAUAUGAUUUAUGGUGGAACAAACUGGGGCAAUCUAGGUCAUCCAGGUGGUUACACCAGUUACGAUUAUGGAUCAAGCAUCGCCGAGAAUCGCGAGAUAUACCGUGAGAAAUACAGCGAAUUAAAGCUUGAAGCCAACUUUCUCAAGGUUUCACCCGCAUUGCUCACAGCAUCCGUCGGCACUGGUACCAAUGGGACGUAUACAGACUCCUCUGAUAUGUUUACUACUCCAUUGUUAGGUAAUGGAACCGCAACAAACUUUUACGUGGUCAGACAUUCAGACUACCAGCAAACGACCUCAUCGACUUACAAGCUAAAUCUGAAUACUAGCCAAGGGCUUUUGUCCAUCCCCCAACUUAACGGCAGCUUGACUCUGAGUGGCAGAGACUCCAAGUUCCAUGUCACUGAUUACGAUCUUGGUGGAACUGCUCUGCUUUAUUCAACUGCCGAGAUUUUCACUUGGAAGAAGUUCAACAAGCAAACCGUUCUAGUCGUCUACGGUGGCUCUGGAGAACAACAUGAGUUGUCCGUCGUCACAUCAAGUCUAGCAAAGCAAGUUGAAGGCACUGGAGUUACAACCAAGAGUACAAAUGCUACCACGAUACUCAACUGGCAGACGUCGUCUGAUCGGCAAGUUGUACAAGUUGGUGAUCUUCUGGUGUAUAUCUUAGACCGGAACUCGGCAUACAACUACUGGGUCCCUGACUUUGUCCGAACUGAUGCAUGGGGAGCUUAUACCGCAAAUAUUGGAAACACAACGUCAAUUAUCGUGGAAGCUGGAUAUCUAGUUCGAUCCGUUUAUAUCGAAGGAACCGCUCUUCAUAUUGAUGGUGACAUCAACGCUACAGUUCCAAUCAAGGUCAUUGGAGCACCAGCCAACACCAAGGAUCUUCAUUUCAACAGUGUGAAGUUGGAUUUCACUACCGACCCAGUCACAGGAGAAUGGACAUCACAACUCAAAUAUGCAGAGCCAAAAAUCGAUAUUCCCGACCUUUCAUCCCUCGACUGGAAAUACCUUGACGACCUCCCGGAAAUAAAAUCCACCUACGAUGACUCGGCCUGGACAGUUGCUGAUCACAACUCAACCAAUAAUCCAAACACUUUGAAAACGCCCACUUCUCUCUAUAGCAGCGACUACGGAUACAGUACCGGGGUUUUGAUCUACAGAGGCCACUUCGUGGCUACAGGUAAUGAAACCAAACUCGACAUUAGUACCCAGGGAGGAAGUGCUUUCGGCUCAUCCGUCUGGAUAAAUUCAACAUACAUCGGUUCAUGGGCUGGAAUUGACGCUGCAUCAGCCAACAACGCCACCUACACACUUCCCAACCUCUCCGCCGGAAAGCCCUACAUCUUCACCGUUGUGGUCGAUAACCAAGGCCUAGACGAAAACUGGGUAGUAGGACCCGAUGAAAUGAAACUUCCCCGCGGCAUCCUCAAUUACGCACUCAGCGGCCACGCACAAUCGGAUAUCAGCUGGAAGCUUACCGGAAACCUCGGCGGCGAAGAUUUCAUCGACAAAGCACGAGGACCUUUGAAUGAGGGCGGGUUGUAUGCCGAACGCCAGGGCUUCACGCAGCCUUACCCACCAAAUCAUAAUUGGGUUGCUGGAGCUCCGGAGACGGGAAUCAAGAGUGCUGGUGUUGCUUUCUAUCAAGCGGACUUCAGGCUGGAUUUACCGAGGAACUAUGAUAUCCCACUGUUCUUUAACUUUGGCAAUACGACCCUCAACGGGAGCGUGGCGGAUUAUAGAGCGCAGUUGUGGGUUAAUGGUUGGCAGUUUGGGAAAUAUGUCAAUAAUAUUGGACCACAGUCUUCAUUCCCGGUUCCGCAAGGUAUUCUGGAUUACCAUGGGCAAAACUGGCUUGCGAUUGAGCUUUGGGCUCAACAAGCUUCAGGGGCCCAAUUGACAAACUUCACUUUAGAAGCUGGUACGCCAGUUUGGACCUCAAUAAAAGAGCCAGAGACGGCUCCCAGGCCGAGCUACAGUAAGAGGGAGGGCGCUUACUGA